AUGAAGGAUAACGUCAAUAAUUUCUACGGCACGGCGCCAGACCGGGGUAACGCGACAGGCCCCUGGCUGGGCACCCGUGAUGACUCGACGCUACACGGAACCAUGGCCACGGAGUCCGAUAACUCAGACGAUUACUGGCUGUCGACCAUGGGCAGUGCCGGUGUGAUGCCGCUGGCUUCUUCCGACUACCAGUUCUUCCGCAAUGUCAAAGACUUCGGUGCGGUGGGCGACGGAGUGACGGAUGACACCGCCGCCAUAAAUCGCGCGGCGGCCACUUAUGGCCUGGAUGAUCUGACCCAGCUGCGCUGUGGGAAAGACUGUGGCUCCACCUCGAUCCUGGGGGCGGUUGUCUACUUCCCCCCGGGCACCUAUCUGAUCAGCUCCCCCAUCAUCCAAUACUACUACACCCAGUUCGUGGGCAACCCGUCCUCCAAGCCGGUGAUUGCCGGCUCCGAGAACUUCACCGGCAUCGCCCUCUUCGACUCGGACUUCUACAUCCCCGGCGGCGAUGGUGCGGAAUGGUAUAUCAACCAGAGCAACUUCUACCGCCAGAUCCGCAACUUCGUCUUCGAUAUGACCGGCAUGAACUGGACCAAUACCGAUGCCGGGCAGACCUAUGUGCCUACCGGCAUCCACUGGCAGGUCGGCCAGGCCACGAGCAUCACCAACUGCGACUUUGAAAUGUCCGUGUCGAGCGGCGACCAGUCGGCCACAGGGGUGGGGAUUUUCAUGGAAAACGGCAGCGGUGGGAUGGUCGCCGAUUUGACCUUUACCGGAGGAAAUAUCGGGUUCGUGGCCGGGAGCCAGCAGUUCACCGCAAUCAACAUGCAAUUCACGUCGUGUUUGACGGCCGUCAAGUCCCUCUGGGACUGGGGCUUCACCUGGAAGAAUCUCUACGUGCUCUCGUGUUACAUUGCGAUUGAUGCCACCGAAUACUCGGGCACCGGGCAUCAAGGCACCGGCUCGAUUGCCGUCGUCGACUCCCACUUCGAUGGCGUCCCCUAUGCCAUCACAAUCGCCCGCGAGGAUGACGAGCAGCCGAACAUCGUGCUGGAUAACCUGCUGGUCGAAGAUUCCACCUCGGUGGUGCUGGUCUCGGGCGGGGAUACCAUCCUGGAGGGUUCCUCGGGGGCCCUGUACUACAACUCGUGGGCCAACGGCUAUGAGUUCCUGCCGGACGGCUCCGGAGGCAUCAUGACGGGAUUUAUGGACCCGGCACCAACUAAGCCAGAGUCCCUGCUCGACAGCUCGGGCGCCUACUUCCGGCAGGCCAAGCCGCAGUACGCGGGGGAAACCCCUAUCCUCGCCACGGACAACGGCGUCUCCAACGACAUGAGCGGGGAUCAGUCCUCCGCUAUCAACACACUCCUGGCCGAUAACGUGGGAUCAGUUAUUUUCUUCCCGGCGGGUAUCUAUCUCGUUGAGGACACGGUCAAGAUCCCCGUGGGCAGCCGCAUCGUCGGGUCGGGAUGGAGUCAGAUCAUGGGCACGGGUUCCAACUUCCAGGACGAGAAGAAUCCGACCGCAGUGGUUCAAGUGGGAGAAAAGGGGGACUCCGGUAUCAUCGAAAUCAGUGACAUGUUGUUCACGGUCCAGGGUCCGACGGCGGGAGCCGUUCUGGUAGAGUGGAACGUGCAUGAGAGCACGCAAGGCAGCGCGGCCAUGUGGGAUAGCCACUUCCGGGUUGGCGGUGCUAAUGGCACCAACUUGGGGCUGGAGGAGUGCGCGGCCGGCUCCAGCUCCGUCAACAAGGACUGCAUGGGGGCCUCGCUGAUGUUGCACAUCACCUCCGAGGCCUCGGUCUACCUGGAAAAUGUCUGGGCGUGGGUGGCGGAUCACGAUCUCGACAGCCCGCUGAAUGCGCUGGCCUCGGAGACCACGUCGGGGGUGCCCGUGAAUGUUGACACGGACGUGACAGUGUACGGCGGACGAGGUAUCCUGAUCGAGUCGCAGGGGCCAAGUUGGUUGUACGGCACGGCCAGCGAGCACUCGCAGCUGUACCAGUACCAGUUGCUCAACGCCUCGAACAUCUACCUGGGCCACAUGCAGACCGAAACCCCUUACUACCAGCCCAGCCCCGAUGCCCUCAGCCCCUACACCAUCGGGCUCUUCGCGGGGGAUCCCACGUUCUCAGACUGUUCGGACGACCUGUGCCGGGGCGCGUGGGCGCUGCGGGUGCUGAACUCGACGGACGUCUUCAUCUACUCGGCCGGCUUUUAUACCUGGUUCCAGGACUACGACGAGAGCUGCAUGUACGAGGAGAUGUGUCAGCUAGCGCUGGUGGACACCAACUAUGCCAACGGGCUGUGGCUAUACAACCUGUUCACAAAGGGCAACGUGCAGAUCGUCUCGCCCGAGGGCGAUCUGGAAGCGCUGUACUUCAACUCAACGACACAGGACGGGUUCACUAGUGAGAUUGCGGCGUGGCUGGCCCUGGCCGAAGGGGGUGCAGACAUCGGCUCGAGUGGGAACGACUCGGGCAUUGUGUAUAUCGACGACAUCAUCUGGAGCGAGCCCGACCCGGUCAAUAUCUCGUGCUGGGAGCCGUGCGAGUACGUCCUGCCACCGAUAAUCCUACCGACCAAUACCACCUUUGUCUAUCCUCUUCUCGUCACGCCCAUUGUCUAUGGCCAGGAGGUGCCGACCGGAUACGUGUACGACGGCGAGACCAUUCACACGAGCGAGUAUGUCACCAGCACCACCACCAUGACCAUCAGCAUCCCCUCCGUCGUCGCCAACUCCAUCAACCAGUGGAACGUCCCCAUCGGGUCCAACACCAGCUCCACAGUCAUCACCCCCUCGCCCAGCGUCAUUGCUCCAGCCUUCAACGUCACCUAUCCGCCCUUCACAUGGAACGGCACCGUCUACUCGCCCUCCGUCUUCCCUUUCUACCCGCCGCCCUGGCCCGGCGUGACCGUGCCCCCCUCCGUGAGUGCUACCACCUCCUCCACGGCCCCGGACGUCGUCACCUGGGUGAGCAGCGGCACGACCUGGGUGACGACCCUUUCGGCUUCGACUUCGGCUUCUUCCUCGACUUCCACCUCGGCCUCAGACUCGGAGUCCGCAUCCGCAUCCACAUCCUCGCAGUCCGACACGGCUACCACGACGACCGACGGUGGGGGCAGUGACGACGACCACGGCGGUCAUCGCCAUCGCCAUGUCACCCAUCAUCGCGGGGCUCCGAGCCCGACGGCCCUGAAGCCCGAGGGCAGUGUUUGCCACGAGGGCAUCCUGGGUGGCAUAUUCCAUGUGUGCAAGUCAUGCUGGAUCGGGUGCGGUGGAGCAGACUCGCCCAACGACACUCCCAACAACCCCAACAAACCUAGCAACCCCGACGACCCGGAUGACCCCGACUCCAAGAGCUCAACCUCCUCGGAAUGUUCAACCGCUACCUACAGCUCGUGCAGCACGGCGUGCAUCACCGCCAGCCCGUCUGAAAGCUGCACCUCUACCUGCAAAGAGAUUGUCGGUUGCGACACCACCGGCACGUCCGAGAGCGUCACCUGGACCCCUGCUCCGCUUUUCACGGGCAGUGCGGACUCGUGGUACGACUAUGACGAGUCCGGGUCGGCGCUGGUGGCAUCCGAAUGGUCCGCCGGUGCGGCUGUCUACAGCGAGUAUUCGACCAUCACUGGCAUCGACACUCCGACUGCGACGGCGACUGGCACGGCUACAGGCACAGGCACCUCCGGCUCGAGCUCCUCCAGCGGAGAUUCAUCUAGCUCAAGCUCGAGUUCCUCCAGCGGCGACUCAUCCAGCUCAAGCUCGAGUUCCUCCAGCGGCGACUCAUCCAGCUCAAGUUCAAGCUCCUCCAGCAAGGACACAUCCAGCUCGAGCUCAAGCUCAAGCUCCUCCAGCAGCCACACCCGACAAACCAUAACCGAAGUGGUGGUCGUAUCCAAGACCAUAGAAACAAUGACAACCAGCUACUCGAAAUCCGCCGGAAUCGCCGCCAUCGCCGCAGAAUGGCGGGUGGGACUCCGCGGGGGAGAGCUCCGCGACUACGACGUCGCCUUCAUAACCAACUCUGAGACGUUCGACGUCUGCCGUUUCGGGAAGGUAUACGGCGUAGCCACCCCGACGCCCACCGCCUGGUCGGAGCUCCCCCGCGAGGUCUCCUUCUUCUCCACCUUGACCGUCCUCUCGACCAAGUACUCCAAGUGCAUCUACACCAACUCCGCCGCCCCCAGCGCCGGCAACGGCGGCACCUUCUCCUGCGAGAAGGAUUUGACUUUGCCCUGCGAGGUCGUCACGAUCCCUGUCUUUGGCUGUGAUCCCGAUCUGCUUAUUGGCUAUGAUACUAGUAUUAAGGUCCUGGCGCAGUGCACUCUCUCCACUAUGACGACUGAUUACUCGACCACUUCUACUUAUAUCGCUGUUACGACGGAGCCGGCUUCUUAGGCUGUUUGUCUUCCUGCUCCUACCCCGGAGUCUGGCUCUACGAUCGACCUCCACUUUCUGUACAUAUACAUAUUUGGUUAAUCGCAUUUGUCUUGAGGUUAUGGAUGGUGCUGGUAGGACAGGAUAGGGCUGGGUAUACUGGAAUCCACAACAUCACCAUGCACGCCACUCCAACCCAACCACCAUAACACCAGCAGCUUCUCUCUUCAGCAGGUUUCCUAAUCUACAAUAACCUUCAC